AUGGUCCCCACAGAAACCGACAUCCUAAUCAUCGGCAGCGGCAACGCCGGCCUCUGCGCCGCCAUCUCCGCCGCGCAAACCCUCCAACAAAACCAACCCAACAAUAAGAACUCACGAAUCCUCCUAAUCGACAAAUGCCCCAAGCACUGGGCCGGCGGAAACUCCUACUUCACAGCCGGCGCCUUCCGCACCGCGCACAAUGGUCUAUCAGACCUCCUCCCGCUCGUCAAUAAUGUUGAUGCAUCCGCAGCUACUAAAAUCGAUAUACCGCCGUACACGAAUGAGGCAUUUAUGGAUGAUAUGCAGCGUGUUACGGGUGGACGGACGGAUGCUACUCUUUCGAAGACAUUGGUUGAGGAUUCGAAUGAGACGGUGAAGUGGUUGACGAGUACUGGCGUGCGGUUUCAAUUAUCGUUUAAUCGGCAGGCGUAUGAGGUUGAUGGACGGCUGAAGUUUUGGGGUGGAUUGGCGUUGAAGACAGAGGAUGGGGGGAAGGGGUUGGUUAAGGAUUUAUGGGAUGCUGCGAGGGAGUUGGGGGUUGAGGUUGUGUUUGAAACGGCUGCGAAGAGGCUCGUUACUGAUGCGGAGAUGGGGAGGGUGAGGGGUGUUGUUGUUUCGUAUUGUGAUAGGGACACUCAUGCGAAUUGUCGCUGGAUAGAGAAGGAGAUUCGUGCAGGUGCUGUGAUUCUCGCGGCGGGUGGGUUCGAGGCGAAUCCACGGCUGCGCGCGCAGUAUCUCGGGCCGAAUUGGGAUAUGGCGUUUGUGCGCGGCACGCCGUAUAACACUGGUGAGUGUCUGGAGAUGGCCCUGCAGGAUCAGUAUGUCUCCGCACAACCUCGUGGUAACUGGUCUGGGUGUCAUUGUGUCGCGUGGGACGCGCACGCGACCCCAGAUACAGGUAACCGGGAAGUCUCGAACGAGUACACCAAGUCCGGGUAUCCGCUGGGGAUCAUGGUUAAUCAGCAAGGCAACCGAUUCAUCGACGAAGGUUCUGACAUGCGUAACUACACGUAUGCCGUGGUGGGACGAGCGAUCCUGAAUCAGCCAGGCCAUGUGGCGUUUCAGAUCUGGGACAAGCGGACGAGUUCCUGGUUACGGGAGGAAGAGUAUCGGGCUGAAGUCGUGCAGCGGAUUGAGGCGCCGUCGAUCGACGAGCUGGCGGAGGAGUGUGCCCGAGGCCAUGGUCUUGGGGACCCUCGUCGUUUCGUCGAGUCGGUUGCGGAGUAUAACCGUGCGGUGUAUGCGCGACAGGACGACGACCGAAACAACGGUACAGAGCGCAAAUGGGACCCAUCUGUCAAGGACAGUCUCUUGACUCAGUCGACUAACUCUGGCCUAUCCAUCCCCAAAUCCAACUGGGCCCUCCCCAUCGAUCAACCCCCCUUCCUAGCCGUCAAAGUCAGCGCCGGCAUCACAUUUACCUUCGGCGGGCUAUCCAUCAACCCCGAAACAGCGGGCGUAAUAUCAACAACCGGCACAGAGGUACCCGGUCUAUACUGUGCCGGCGAAAUGGUCGGGGGAUUAUUCUAUGACAAUUACCCCGGGGGAAGUGGGUUGACAUCGGGGGCGGUUUUCGGACGCAGGGCUGGCCGGGCGGCGGCGGGCGCUGUGCCUUAUAUAGGGCCGUGA